AUUAAUAUACUUCAAUAUGACAUCUCUGCUAUCAACAUUAAAUAAUAAUAUGCCGCAUAGAAAUUAUUUCAAUUAUCCUAAUUUUGAUACGAACGUGUCUCAUUUAAUGACUCCUUACCCGGCUGAACUACGGCCUAAUACGAGGCUAGAAAAAUCACCUCCUACGCCUGUUUCGCAUAACGACGGAGAAACAAACGGAGAAAUUAGUGGCGAUGACCAAAGUAUUACCAGCGACCAUCCCCUCAAUCAAAACGAUGAAAAUUCUAUGGAUUCCGAUAGAGAUGGAGCGUUAAAUUUAGUGAGAUCGAGCAAUGAACAACCAACAAUAUCAACACCAAAUUCACAAGUAACUAGUUCGAGUCCGGGCGUUGGAGCAGCACUGGCGGCCUUAGGAAGUCUUGGUGGCAUUUUCGGAAAUCAUCUUCAAAUGUUAGGAAGUUUACCGGCUUUCCAAAGCCAGCAGAGCCUGCAGCAAUUGCAGCAGUUGGCGAUGCUGCAACAGGCUAGUGGUAAUCAGAUGAAUCCUCAAGCUCAAUUUUUAUUCCAGAACCAGGGUUUCCUACAAGGUUUUCCUAGAUCGAGUAUAUCUUCCAGACCCCCUCAUACAUUACAGGUGCAACAAAUUGCGCAGGCCGCUCAACAACUCCAGCAGCUACAGAAAGUACAACAUAACACGAAUCAGCACAACACGAGCAUUCCACAAAAUGCUUCUUUACCACACCAAACUCAAACGACUCCUCCGAAUAAUAAUCACAAUAUCCCCGCCAGUAUGCUUACACCAAGUACGCCGAGUUCGGGAGGCUUAACACCUCAACAUCUAAAAACACCUUCCAGGAUAUUGGAACCGUCGCCCGAAGAAACCACAGACUUGGAAGAACUCGAACAGUUUGCCAAAACUUUCAAGCAACGAAGGAUAAAAUUAGGGUUUACACAAGGAGACGUGGGAUUGGCGAUGGGAAAAUUGUACGGGAACGAUUUUUCCCAAACGACUAUAUCUCGAUUCGAAGCUUUGAAUCUUAGUUUCAAAAAUAUGUGCAAAUUGAAGCCGUUACUUCAAAAAUGGUUAGAGGACGCCGAUAGUACUUUAGCUAAUCCAGGAGCGCUCAGUAACCCCUUAACCACCCCCGAAACAAUAGGCAGGAGACGAAAAAAGAGAACAUCCAUCGAAACCAGUGUCCGUAUCGCUCUCGAAAAAGCCUUUAUACAAAAUCCGAAACCUACCUCCGAAGAAAUCACCAUGCUAGCAGACGGUCUUUGUAUGGAAAAAGAGGUAGUGAGAGUUUGGUUUUGUAAUAGGCGGCAAAAGGAGAAGAGAAUCAACCCACCUACGGCGGCGAUGGGUUCGCCGUGUUCAGUCGGAAACACCAACGGGAACAUGUUCCACAUCGCCAAUAGUUUAGCGACUAGUCCUUUAUCUUUGGUAACUUCCAGCGGCCAUAAUUAUAAUCCUAAUGUAAUGGUAAAACAAGAAUGACCUUCACUGAAUUUUUUCGCAGACCAUUUUUUAGAUUAAUUCCAGGUCUGUUAUUGUGCAAUGAAUUCCAAUUUAAGAUUUAUCCCGAUAAUCAUCGCGCUAUCUGAAACGUAGCAUCAAACCCACGCAAUAUUGAUAAUUUUUCCAACAACAAAAUGGCCAUUAAACGGAAUUGUUUAUCAUCUAAACGAACACCAUGGAAAAAUACGUGAAACUUUCCAGUCCCCAUACAUCUUUGUCUAUGAUCAUCUUGUAUUUAAUCCACUUCUUUUUUUAUUCAGAUCCGUUGUUGUCUCCAACCAUUUCUUUCUUCUUUUUACAACGAUGGAUUAUAUCCAAGCCCUUUAUCAGUUUUUCUAGCCCUUAUUUCAUCUCAAUUCACAAUUUUCUUUCGGAUUAUACAAAAUUUAUAACUACUGAGUCUAAUUAUGGUUCUGUACGUUUAUUUUUGCUUCAACCUCUUCAACUGUUGAUUUUAUUAUAUAUCUGGUUGCCCUUGAGUGUUGAUUUUAUCAUCUUAACUAGAUCUUAUGGCACUUCUAGGUCUUAAAUGGAUUCGCAAGUCUAUUGGAAAUGGAUUAACCUCAUUUUUUUGGUUACUUUGCAAGGAAUCAAUUAAACCUUUUUACAUCUAUUCCCUUUCCGUCUCUACAUCACGUUAACUCAUCUUCUAUUCUUAUCUUCAACUCUUUUUGUAUCUUUUUCUUCUCAAGUUGUUUCAAAAUGAUCCGAAUCGGCGUUAUCUCAAUGACACCUUCCCUGUGAGUUGACAUUUCUGGAACCGUUGGUGAUAUUCAUCCUGAACACACUGUUUAAACUACACCAACACUCUUACAUUGUGUGACGCGCGUUUCGAUAACCAAGUUGUCGUCUUCAGAGACUCAGUUUACUUUCAGUCUCUGGAGACGUUAACUUGGUUAUCGAAACGCUCUUCAGACAGUGUAAUCGUUGGUUUGGUUGAUCUUUGUUGAUCCUACUUGAACACUUGUCUUCUAGGUCUUUGUAUUGCUUGAAUAUUCUGUCCGAUUCAGUUUUGAUGAUAUUGAUCUUGUUUAUUUAGUCUUGGUCUUGGCAUUUCUCAAACAAUUAAAGCGUUAUAAUUCUUGGUUAAUCUAUUUUAAACUUGGUCUUUUUCAAAUACUUCUAAAUUCGUUUUUAAUUAUUCAUUUUUCAUCUUAAUUUUUCUCACAUAAUGUUGGUAAUUUUUCUGGAAACUUCUGGUUCAAUUUCGUACUUAUCUUUAACAAAUAAUUUUACAUUGGAUAAUUCAAUUUUUAUCUGGAUUAUAUAAAUGUUUUCGUAGUAAGAUUGUGGCAAAAUUAAACAUAAAAGUGUACCAACUCUAAUAUAUUUCCUCCGAGUUUUCUAAUACUUAUAUAUUCAUCGUCUGAGAAUUAAUUAGUUAAGAAUUGAGGCGUUUUAAAUUUAGUUGUUUCUCUUAAAAAAUCAUUUUUUUUUACUUUGGAUGAUUUUUGGUUUUCCUUUAUCGGUUUCCAUUUUAAUUUUCCUUAUUAAAUUUUGGUUUUCGCAUUUUUGAGAUACCUACAGAUCUCGAGAUCUUUCUAAUUGAGUUUUGAUCUUGUUUUUGAUUCAUUUUUGGCAUUGACCUUGCUCAAAUACUACUAAUAACAUCCGUUUAAUGAGAAAGACAUAACCUCCAAAUAACUUUUAAUAUUCGUUUGUAAGGGUUGUUUAUGUAUAUUUAUGAAUGAUGAAUUUCCAAAAUUACAUAUUAUUUUUGUUUAUUUUUUGUCUCUUUUAUUUUUACUUUAAGGUAAAUAUUCUACAUAUGAAGGACCUCUAAUAACCUCAAAAGAUGCCAUAUAAUAUGAAAAAAACUUUGAAGAAUGUUAUUACUUCUUGUUAUGAUCGGUUUUUAUAGGUUUUCAUAAAAUUUUUAUCAUUUAUAAGCAAGUCGUGUUCGGGGAGAAAAAUAAACAAAAAAAAUUUUUGGAUCGUCCUUUUUUUCAAUUUUUUUUUCUUACACCGAGGUUAAAAUCGGGUUAAAUUUUUCAUUGGCUUCGGAAACUAAUUUUAUUUCAAGUUUUCGCGAUGAUUAUUGUUUAUUCUGACAGGUCUUUUUGAUGUUUUAUCCUAAGAAAAAAUUUGAAAUACAACGAUUUUUCAGAUAUUUCAUUAUAUUGAUAGUAAAAAGUUCACAUAAUAUCUUAUUUGAGCCAUAAAAAAAUUUUAAAAUAAUAGAAACCCAUUAAAACAUCUCACGAAACAAUAAAAUAAAAAUAAAAAUAUUAAAUAAAAAUUAAAUUCCACAAAUUUUGAAAAAUAUAACGAAACUAGACACCAAUUUUACCACCACUGUAUAAAGUGUCUGUUUAUUUAAAAUCUUAUAGUAUAUCAGUACUUGAAUCAACAAUUAAUACUUGGAAUAAACCAUUUUAUUUAAACAUUCCAAUGUACCAACUCAAAUUAUUUAUUUUACUGCAGAAUAUUUCGACAAUCCCUCGUAUAAGAGGAUUAUUUUCGCUACGAAACCGGAAAUGCUACAAAUCCAAACUAUUUUAAUGUCAUUUCACAUAUUUUUUUCAACUACUCAUUAAUUGAUAAUAAAAUAAAUUUAAUAUGAGUUCAAAAUUACCAAGCAGCUGAAAUUUGAAGUCUUUUACUGAAGGAAGGGGAUGUUGAGCUCCGAUUUCGGGAGGGUUCGAUGUAGAAAAAGGGUUUUCCCAACUGAUGACGAUGCGAACCACCGAUAAGCGAUAUUUAAAAAACCUACGGGAAAAAUUGACUGGGCAUUCAUAAACACAAACCUAAUAAAACAUAACCUCACCUAACCUUUUUUUAACCUACGAGAUGUCUAAACGUAGCAUAACCUAACUAAAUGAAAUCUAACCGAACCAAAUCAGAAUAAACUCAACAAUAUUCUACUUUGACGGGUUGAUCAAUACCUUGAUCAAAUCAACUUAGCUUGGAUAGGGAUGGAUGUGAAUUGAAAGGACUGACCACGGCUUUUUCCACCUAGAAAGUGAAGAUUUGGGGCUUGUGGACGUUUUCCAAGCUUUGGCAAGCGUGUAAACGUAGCAUAACCUAACUAAAUCAAAUCUAACCGAACCAAAUCAGAAUGAACUCAACAAUAUUAUACUUUGAAGGGUUGAUCAAUACCUUGAUCAAAUCAACUUAGCUUGGAUAGGGAUGGAUGUGAAUUGAAAGGACUGACCACGGCUUUUUCCACCUAUGAGGUGAAGAUUUGGGUCUUGUGGAUGGUUUCCAAGCUUUGGCAAGCGUGUAAACGUAGCAUAACCUAACUAAAUCGAAUCUAACCGAACCAAAUCAAAAUAAACACAACAAUAUUCUACUUUGAAGGGUUGAUCAAUACCUUGAUCAAAUCAACUUAGCUUGGAUAGGGAUGGAUGUGAAUUGAAAGGACUGACCACGGCUUUUUCCACCUAGAAAGUGAAGAUUUGGGGCUUGUGGACGUUUUCCAAGCUUUGGCAAACGUGUAAACGUAGCAUAACCUAACUAAAUCAAAUCUAACCGAACCAAAUCAGAAUAAACUCAACAAUAUUCUACUUUGAAGGGUUGAUCACGACCCUCUAUGCCUUGAUCAAAUCAAUUUAGCUUGGAUAGAGAUGGAUGUGAAUUGGAAGGUCUGACCACGGCUUUUUCCACCUAGGAAGUGAAGAUUUGGGGCUUGUGGAUGGUUUCCAAGCUUUGGCAAACGUGUAAACGUAGCAUAACCUAACUAAAUCAAAUCUAACCGAACCAAAUCAGAAUAAACUCAACAAUAUUCUACUUUGAAGGGUUGAUCACGACCCUCUAUGCCUUGAUCAAAUCAAUUUAGCUUGGAUAGAGAUGGAUGUGAAUUGGAAGGUCUGACCACGGCUUUUUCCACCUAGGAAGUGAAGAUUUGGGGCUUGUGGAUGGUUUCCAAGCUUUGGCAAACGUGUAAACGUAGCAUAACCUAACUAAAUCAAAUCUAACCGAACCAAAUCAGAAUAAACUCAACAAUAUUCUACUUUGAAGGGUUGAUCACGACCCUCUAUGCCUUGAUCAAAUCAAUUUAGCUUGGAUAGAGAUGGAUGUGAAUUGGAAGGUCUGACCACGGCUUUUUCCACCUAGAAAGUGAAGAUUUGGGGCUUGUGGACGUUUUCCAAGCUUUAGCAAACGUGUAAACGUAGCAUAACCUAACUAAAUCAAAUCUAACCGAACCAAAUCAGAAUAAACUCAACAA